AUGGUCUCCCUGAAACAGGAUCGCGCGUCGAAUGAUCGAAUCAAGACAGACUUGCCGAAAGGUCUUGUAGCCGUGUUUGCAGGCGGUACUAAUGGAGUUGGCGAGACGACGGUGAGGCAUUUUGCGAAUCUUGCGACUGCUCCACGAGUAUAUCCCGUAGAGCGCUCACAGGAAGCCGGUGCACGAAUUGCUGCCCAAUGCAAAACACUGAACCCAGAAGACACUUUCAAAUUCAUCGAGAGCGACACAAGUCUAAUGCGGAAUGUCGAUCCACCCUGCCGUGAGACCGCCAGCCAGGAGAGAGAGAUCAAUUUGCUGUUCUUGUCAAUUGAAACGCUUCAGUAUGGCACUAGGACCGAUGAAGGGUUGAACUAUCCGACGACACUGACGCUGUACGCACGGAGCCGUUUCAUCUCCAAUUUCGUCCCUCUGAUCCGCUCUGCGAAAAGUCUGCGGUGGGUCGUUAGUGUAUACGGAGCAACCUUCGAGGGUCGGGUGCUGGUCGAUAAGUUCCAGGGCUAG